CUUAGAUGUAUUACUUUUAAUUGAAUCGUUCGUCAAAAAGAAUCGUUCGAUUUUGUGAAAUUCUACACUACAACUUCUAUUCCACAUUUCAUUUUUCGUGUAUUCGACACGAGGAGGAAAGUGUGAAAUUCCAUCUUAAAUUUGAGUCAGAUAUUCAGAUACAAGAUGCAGAUUUUCGUAAAAACUCUGACUGGGAAGACCAUCACACUUGAGGUUGAGCAGUCUGAUACCAUUGAAAAUGUAAAAGCUAAAAUUCAGGAUAAAGAAGGUAUUCCCCCUGAUCAACAAAGAUUAAUUUUUGCCGGCAAACAGUUGGAAGAUGGACGAACUCUAUCAGAUUAUAACAUUCAAAAGGAAUCUACUCUUCAUUUAGUUCUUCGUUUGAGGGGUGGUGUUAUUGAGCCAAGUCUUAGAAUUUUGGCACAGAAGUACAACUGCGAUAAGAUGAUCUGCCGAAAGUGCUAUGCUCGUUUACAUCCAAAAGCCACUAACUGUCGCAAACGCAAGUGUGGACACUGCAAUAACCUCAGACCAAAGAAGAAGUUGAAGUAGAUUAAUGUGUUUGAUGUGCUGAAAUUCUUAUGUAAAAUUUGAAAAAAAUAUGAAAUAAAUGAAAAAUCUGA